UGGAACCGUCUACUAGUCUGAUGUGUAAGGUGAAAAUUUAGUGUGUCUGCUGGUAAGGGGUUUCCUAAUUAUAAAGCUGAUUCCCGUUCAUAUCUGGGGCCUAAACCAUGAACGAGGAUCAGGAUCGGGACCAGAAACCCCUGAGAGAGUAAUGCGAAUGAUGUGUGUGUGGGAAAGUAAACGUUGUACAAUGAAAACUUGAGAAGGAAAGAGAUAGUGAACGAAGGUGCCAAACUGGAUAUGACGAAAAUGGCUGACAACAAACUCAUAGGCUAGUUCUUGCGUUGAACAAUUUUGGCUACGUUAUGGUCCAAGACGCAGCUGGGACGAGGAGUGAGAACAGCAGGGAAUGCAUGACAUGUUCAUCUCUCCGGCGGGAGGAGGUGAGCCCAGCGCAGUCUUGCAUGCCCCUGCUACCACUGGACACUGUCUACAGAGGAAGCGAAAGUUGGACCAGACCACCUCGGAUUAUGCCGGCACAGAGCCUGGCUAUGCAUUGACCUCAGCUUCCACUGCUGCCCCCCAACACACAUUACCUGCUAAACAUCUCUCUCACCAGGUUAGUAGUGUAUACAGUGAUGGCGUGACACUAAGUCAGGCAAAGGAACACCAGCUGCAGCAGCAACAGCCAACAUCUCAACAGCAGCAGCAAGAGCAACAACAGCAACAUCAGCAGCAGCAUGGGCAGCAACAAGCUCAGAAGAUCAACAAUAACGGCCCCACAGCUUCAUCCAUUCAUCAUCACCACCAUCACCACCACCAUCACCAUCAUUCAACUCGAGGAGGAGGCCCGGGUGCCACUUACCAAUACCAGCAGAGCCAGCAACCCGUACACCAGCAACGUGCAUCCACCAUCAAGCUCCUAGACCCCUACCAGAAGUGCUCCACAAAGCGUAAGUGCUUUGACCACAAUGGAAGUAGUGGAGGAAGCUCAGGUGUAGAGAGCGUGAAGGUGGGCGCGCCCUUGGGAGGCGGCCCGGCCACAACCGCCAAGACGGUGGCCCACGGGAAGGUGGCCCUUGGUGGUGGGCCCCACAAUGCCACCAAGGGCACAAAUUCUGCCCAAGCUGACGGAGAUUAUCAGUUGGUUCAGCAUGAAGUAUUAUAUUCACUCACAGCCCAGUAUGAGGUAUUGGAGUUCCUUGGCCGAGGUACAUUUGGCCAGGUGGUUAAGUGCUGGAAGAAAGGCACCAAUGAUAUUGUUGCCAUUAAGAUCCUUAAAAAUCAUCCAUCAUAUGCUAGGCAAGGACAGAUUGAGGUUGGGAUCUUGACCAGACUGAGCCAGGAGAAUGCUGAUGACUACAACUUUGUGCGUGCAUUUGAAUGUUUUCAGCACAAGAACCAUACGUGCCUGGUGUUUGAGAUGCUUGAACAGAACCUUUAUGAUUUUCUCAAACAAAAUAAAUUCUCGCCGCUGCCUCUAAAAUUCAUCAGACCAAUUCUUCAACAAGUAUUAACUGCCCUUCUUAAACUUAAGCAACUUGGCUUGAUUCAUGCUGAUUUAAAGCCAGAGAACAUCAUGUUAGUAGAUCCAGUAAGGCAACCUUAUCGUGUCAAGGUCAUUGACUUUGGCAGUGCAUCACAUGUCAGCAAAGCUGUUUGUAACACGUACCUGCAAUCACGCUAUUAUCGAGCGCCAGAAAUUAUUUUAGGGCUGCCCUUCUCAGAGGCUAUAGACAUGUGGUCUUUAGGGUGUGUUAUAGCGGAGCUUUUUUUAGGAUGGCCUCUAUAUCCAGGAUCAUCCGAAUAUGAUCAGAUCCGGUAUAUCAGUCAGACUCAAGGAAUACCACCAGAGCACAUGUUGAAUAAUGCUACAAAGACUACCAAGUUUUUUUAUCGGGAUAACGAUUCAACGUAUCCAUUUUGGCGAUUAAAGACUCCAGAAGAGCAUGAGGGAGAGACUGGCAUAAAGAGCAAAGAAGCCCGAAAGUACAUCUUUAACUGCUUAGAUGACAUGGGGCAAGUAAACGUACCCACUGAGAUAGAGGGAGGAGAAUUAUUGGCAGAAAAAGCUGAUAGGAGGCAGUUUAUUGAUUUGUUGAAACGCAUGCUAACUAUGGACCAAGAGCGUCGAAUAAGUCCCGGUGAAGCCCUCCAGCAUAUCUUUGUCACCCUACAGCACUUGUUGGAUUACCCUCAUUGUUCAAAUGUCAAAGAUUCAAUGCAGAUGAUGGAAGUGUGUCGUCGACCAGCUCCACCAUAUCCAACUGCUGCAGUAUCACAAGCACAAGCUCUUCCUCCCUCUCUUAUGCCUAAUUAUGUCCACUCUACUAAUGGCUCCGUAACUCUUACCUUUAACAAUCAGAUUACCAACCAGUAUGGUUUGUAUCAAGGAAAUCGUAGUGGUCGUGGAUAUAGUGGCAGCAGUAGAGGAGAAGCAGCACCUUUCCAGCCACAGCUGGUGCCAUCCAUUUUGUGCCCACCACCUGCUGCAGCAUAUCAGGGUUUGGCAUCCCCUGCCAAACAUGUAACUGUUGUAACACAACAACCACAGUUACAACUGCAACCAUCAUUGUUAUCACAGCAGGUUGGUGGCGGUGGACAGUAUGUGCCUGUCUCAAUGGUGGAGCAGCCUGGAAGAGGCAUGUUGUUAACAACAGGAACAGCAGUAAGUGGUGGAUGGGGACGUGGCGGACAAAUGGCUCUUGUUCCACAAGCUUGGCAGCAACUGCCCCAGCCUCCUACAUCCCUUCAACAGCCAGCUAGUCUUUUACCAGAUGCUACAGAUGCGUGGAGACGAACGUUUCUCGUGGACUCGUCAGUGGUGCAGGGGGAAGCCCCCCCAACCAUGUUUCCCGUUGACCUCCACCCUGAAUUGUAUGAGGCUUACCCAUCCGGCACCUGGGCUGGUAGCAAGCGUUCCAGCAAGGCGUCCCUUGUGGCACACUCAGGUGCCCAUAGUGGGCACACCUUGCAUGUGGGUGGCAGGCCCUCUCAGCCAGCUGCUCAUGACAAGAAGGACCUGAGCCAACAACUUUCACCUGUGAAGAAACGAGUUAAGGAAGGCACUCCACCAGGGUCUUCAUCCACUCAUUGGGCUAACAGUAGUACUGCUCCACAAAUCACCCAUAAUAAUUAUCACACCAGCCACAACCACCACUCGGCACACCAUGCGGGACAUUCCAGCCACGUGGGCCAUCCACAUCACCAGAGUCAUCACUCCAGCCACCACUCCACUCAUUCCUCCAGUCAUCAUUUAGCAACCCAUCCCAGUCACCUUAGUCACCCCAGUACAACGCACACAUCUCAUACAGGACAUGUUUGUUCCUAUGGGGAUACAAACUCCACACCUUUCAUAUAUGGAGCAUCCUUGAGCACAUGCCCUAGAUUGGCUGCAGACUGGUGGAGACAGGAAGAGAGGGCCAUUACUGAUGCUCUCCUCAUUUACAGUGGGCAUCAGAGUCAAGGGACACAUCAGACAAGCAGCAGUCAGCAGCAUAGCAGUAGCAGCAGUUACCGAGGAAGUAUGGCAGGUAGUGGAAGACAACAGACUAUCACGAUACGUGACACACCUUCCCCGGCUGUCUCCGUCAUUACCAUCAGUGAUAGCGAUGAUGAAGCUGGAGGUAAAUGUUGCAAAGAUCGUCAUUGUUCUACCUGUGUUAAUAAUAACCAUGGCAAAAUAGCUGCUAAUCUGUUACAGCAGACUCACACAUCACACGAGGACAAAUAUGCCAGUUUUUCGUCAGUUGGAGCCUCCCAGAGCCAGAAGAAACGACUUCUUGCCAAAGCACAGAGUGAGUGCAUGCUACAUGUAGCAAAGCCUGAGGUCCGUGAUUAUUCUACACAACAGACAAGAGAUAAUGUGUACUCUACAAGCAGAGAGCACCUGGCACCUCCUGCUGCACAUGUGAGAGACUCCUUGCCGCAGCCGCCACCAGCACACAGGGAUAAUUUACCACCCCCAGCAGCCCACACUCGUGACCACUCUCGUAGUCAUUCACACAGCCACUCCCAUGCGCACACACAGCCGCCACAGGCACACAAAGAUUAUUCAGCCCAGUCAGCCGGACACCCCACUGGCCACAAGGACUACUCACAGCCACCAGUAGCCCAUAGUAACCGUGACCAGCGGGUGGUGGUAGGCAGCGUGAAGGGUUGGGGCAGCAGCAGCAACAGUAGUGCUAGCAGCAGUGUUGUUGUUGGUAGUCAGGGCAAUACUGCAAGUAGCAGCAGCAGUAUUGGUUAUGCCCACAGUCUUGGGAGAGCGCAUAUCUCAGCCAACCACCAUUCCCCAUCAUCUCAGAGUCACGGAUUGUCGCCAGUUUCACAACUGGCUGUAAGUGGGUCUCUGGCAGGCAUUGUGCCUACCCAGGCUGAUGUGUACAGAGAAUAUCGGCGGGCUGCGCCACCUCCUGGUGCUGCAGCAGCAGCUGCAGCUCAAGUUUAUGUGGCAACAACUCAGCCAACGUACCUGCCUUCCUCCCUUCCUGCUGCACAUACAGUCAAUCCAUUUACACCAGGAGGUGCCUUGCCGCCUCCAGCUCAUCAUAGUAGCGGCCGAACGGUGUUAGCCGCCCCUCCUGCACAUCCUCUUCCUGCCCACAUGCAGCCCACUGCGGUGUUCCCCACACAUCCGCAGGUGGCACCUCCUUACACUGCCUACACUGCACUAUCCCCUGCCAAGAGCCAGUAUCAGAGUAUCUGGUUUACAGAGUAGUUUUGCCCCCUGCCAGUGGUAUUCCAAAUCUUAUUUUUAAGCAAAUGGUUGGCCCAGAAGAUCUCAAAUGAGCCAAAAUGGAAAAGAUGACACAGGACUUAGAGUGCCAAGAGAAGUUGGAUGUUAAAUUGUAGUGCAAGGCAGUGGGAGGGACGUGUGGGGGCUGGCCCUAUUCCCACACAUCUCCUGUUCACUCCUGUUUAUGAGCUACCAAGCAUCCUGUAUGCUGUGUAAUAUCAGAAAUGAUUUCCUGACCAAGCUAGAUCUAGACUAGUUUACAAGUAUGAAAAGAUAGUAGUAAAGAUUUUACUAGCAACAACAACCACAAUUCAAGAUCAUUAAUCGGUGCCGAGUGUAUUGGGGGUAAAAGCUACGACCUAGUGUUAGUAAGAUCCAAAGUGAGUCUACAAGAGCAGUGCAAGUAACUAGUGUCGCGGGCAAAUUCCCGGCCAUAGAACAAAGUAUAUUAUAUUAUCCCCUGUGAUUAUUACUGAAUGGGGGCCAAUAGGGUUUGGUUGAAUUUUUCUUUUACUUUCUGUUUUCCCCUCUUCCUCUUUUUCUCUAUAUAUGUUUUUUUCCUUCACAAAAUAGAAUCAGCAGUGUAGGCCCCAUAUCUGUGUAUAGAACUAGUGCAUGUGAGUAUGCGCUUGUCUCGUGGCAACCACAACCUUGACAAGCAUUAUAACCGGGCGUCGGCAGUCCCAGUGUCAAAUGCAUCGUCGGCAUGUUGUUGACAGAAGAGAAUAUAAUUUUUUUCUAUUACUAUAUAUAUAUGCAUAUAUAAUUUUUUUUUACUUGAUUUUAUCUGUGAUCCAUGCAAGAAAAGAAAGUGGGCAGACAGUGAGAUUACUAUAGUGAUGAUGACAAGUGUGUGUUUCAACAGAAAGCUUCUUUGGAUUUUGUCUUCUGUUUCUUUCAAAGAAUUGAGUUACAUUUUAAACUUUAUUACGUCUGCCAAAGAAGUUCUAUUAUGUUUUGUGUUGGACUUGAUAAUCCUAUCAAGUGCUUGUUUCAUUUAAGAUGAGAUUCAGGUGUAGGCAAGGUCCAGCAAGACCUAAGAUGGGCUUAUGAUCAACAUGGAUUUGGUUGGUGCAUGGUUAUGGGGCAAUCCCUGCUACACCGUGAGGACUUUUAUAGCUGUAUAUUUAUUUUGUGUUUUACCAAACAUAAACUGAGUAUGUUAUAAUCUUUUCUUUUUAAGGGAAAAGGGCUUGUCUGGUCUGUAUUAGACUAAAUGCAUAGCAAGAGUAGUAGUAUUGUGUUACAAAGCCGAUGAAGCAGAGGGACAUUAGUGCGGGUUAUGAUUUCAUAGUGCUUGCCUUCUGAGGCCUUCAUCAUCCCAAGGGUCUUCAGAAAGCAAGAGCGUAAUGAGGUCUGAAAUCCACCACUCUGUGCUCGCCGGCUGCACCACGUUUGGUGUUUGUCCACAGGUUUGUUUGAUCUCUAAUUAACAUACGCUUUCUUGACUUCUUCCCUCAGUGUAAAGGUGUUAUUUAUGUGCAGAGUGUGAUACCUACUCUAUAUAUAUGAAUAUAUAUACAGGUAUAUUAUAUAUAUAUCUCUCACCUGAAUCCUCUGCAUGGUUUUUGUGCCAGUCUCUAGACCAAGGUCUGUGUGCUUAAGCUGUGCUCUUGGCACAAGUAAAUUCAACAAGUGAAUGUCCCUCUACCCCAGAUAAAUAGACCAAUUCAUCAGAUCAGUACAAAAUUAAUCUUCAAACAUUAUUUCUCAUUCAUCACCAUAUUUGAUGUUUUGAAGACUUUAAAUAUUUUUCAUUAGCACAUGUUGAUUUGCAUUUUUCUAGAUGGAUAAAACAUCUACAAGUAAAAAAUAUUUCUUGAAUUUAUACCACGAAAUUUUUCCAUAUACUCAUAUCAUGGUAAUUCUUAUAUCUGGUUUUAAAAUAAUUUUACAUGGGUUGAGGGCAGAGAUGUUUGUUUUUACUAUGUACUUCUAAAGAGGAGACCUCUGAGGGGGUAAAGAUAGACCUUGGCCCAGAUGUUCUGUGUAGGGUAAUAAAUAUUGAGUUCCUCCCAGAGUUGUGACAUACCAGCAUUGGGAAAAUCAUGGGCCAAAUGGAUGGAUUUCUGUUACCUGGCUGCUCAUUACAGUCCCUUUUGUAUAGUACCAUAGUUUAACAAUGUCACUUCUCUGAAUGUUUUAUCAAUAUUUUUAUUUGAUAGUAAGGGUCUUUUAUACCAUUUAAUAAGGUAAUUGGUUUUUCUUAUAAAAUUAUUUGAAAGCCAGAAUAAGUAAGGUUUGUAACCUUGCUUCUGAGGUGAAUAUUGAUUUGUAAAAUGGUUUCAUAUUGAUACAUUGUCUUGUAAUGAAAGUGCUACUACUUAGAUCCAUCCAGGGUGUUUAAAAUCUUAUCAGCUCACUCGUGUUUUGGUAUCAUCUUAAGUAAUUGACAAAUUAUUCGAAGAAUAACUUGGAAUAUAGUUACCCGAGGCCUUUUGCCUUCUAUGCCCAUGAUUAUCUGAAAAUGGGGAACAGGUUCCAUAGGGAUUAAAAGUAGAAUGAUAGAAACCAGUUUGAAGAAAGGGAGUGAAUUACUGUUUGAUAAAUUUCUUUUGUUCAGGAAGUUCACACAGGUAUCAGGCAAAGUAGUUGUCUUUCUGUUGGAUGUUGUGAGACUAUCAGGUAUUUAUCUCAUUGGAAUGUUGGGAGUCUGGAGGAACACUCGUCGGGAGAUUGUACACAACUCAUCAAAUUUGGUCCAGUAGAGGUUAUCAUUAUUAUUACAAUUAUUAUUAUUAGUAGUAGUAGUAGUUGUGGUGUCCAUACUUGUUAUUUUUAUUAGCCAUCAUCAGUCUUCAUUUGUUUCGAAUGACCAUUAUUUUUAAAUGUAAUAUACAGUAUAAGGUGGUUUCAGACUGCUGCCAUAAGAAUCAAUUAAAAGGGAAAUAAUUUAAAAGUUACAUUGGUUGGGGUACAAACUACAUCAGUUUUUGGCCAUUUUUCUUGUACCUUAUGUUUUUCACAGGACUAUUGUUUAUGGUGUAAUUUACAGUACCUGAGGAUAUAUCUGCCCAAUUUAAAAUCCCAAUAAUUUUGAUCAUCAGAUUACAUCUUAUACUAUUUAUAGUAGGUAGGUGGUCUAAAGAAGGUAUUGUAGGCUGUUGUCAGUGGCUUUUGAAGGCAACAAGUAGGACCGUUAGUUGUGGUGCUCAACAUGGAGAGCACUUGCAUAACAGCCCUACACAUGUGAUUAUUAUAUUUUAGAGUGCCUAAGCUCUUUAGGAAUUUAGAGUAUGUGACAGUGGAACACCUCAGGUCAGCACGUCAGAGCUAGCAGGCAAGUUGAUCAUAAAUAAGUGGGUUAUGAAAAAUACAUUGCCCGGUAUAUAAUCCGUAAUGUUAAGUAUCCUGUGACUAAAUGAACUCAUCAGGAUCAAGGUCACCUUUUGUAUUUGCCAUCAUUGUUUAUGUAUUGCUGAUAUGCUCAAUGUUGAGCUGUUUUAUUCAUUUCAUUAAACUUUUUAGUAGGAGCUGCUGAUCACACAUUUCACGUGUUGAAGAAUAAUUGUUUAUUGAUAUUCAGUGUUUUGAAAAUAUACUGUUAGCUAGCUGUAUUAUAGACUAAUCUAGUUGCUUCUUAAUUAUCUUAUGUAUAGAGCUAAUUUACAGUGCAUGGUCAUCAGAUACCAUCUUUCAAUUAUGCAUUUUUUUAUUUUUUUCCUUAGAUUCUUAAAUACUUUUUCAGAAUUAUGUGGAAAUUUAUAUUUCAGUAUAUUUACUAGUUUAAGGGAUUUGGGAUUAUUUAUAAAGACCUAUCAGUACUUGUAGUUUGUAGUUUUUAGGUCUCAAGGUAAAGUGGGAUAUAAUAGAAAAAAAAAAACAGCAACUGGUGUUAUAUAUGAUCUCAGUUCUCCUGUUAAUGUAGUGUAUAAAUAAUGAACUGAACAGCAGUAAGAGAAUUAUAAUUUUAUUUCUUUCGUUUUUAAUAAUUGCCUAUAUGGAAGUUCAUGCUGGUUUGACUAAGAAUAUAGCUGUAUUCUUGUGAUUAUCUUUGUACGUUAAUAUUAAUGGAUUGAUAGGAUUAUUUUAUCUCGUGUACAAGUGAUGUGUACAUGAAUAUUAAUGGAUUAAUAGUAUGAUUUAAGCUCAUGUACAAGUGAUGGGUCUAUAAAGUCACAGUAUUUAAUCAAGGUAAGUUCUUUGACUCAAAAUCUUGAAGUGCCUCUGCCAGCACUGACAUGUGGGUAUGAAGUGUUCACCUGAUUAUAUUGUCAUGAAAUUCUACCCUCACAAAGAGAGUUCAUUGCAGUACACAGAUGUAGUGUAUUCUGUAGUACGCAUAUGUAGUACAGUACACAAAAAAAAAAGAAUGUGUACGUAUCUAUUUUUCUUGAGAUUGUAAAUAAAUGUAUUAUGAAUGUACUAUUUUGGGUCCGUUAGGGGUAUGUAAAGACUUUGUAAGAUAAUUCUGCUAAGUGUAUCUACAUUCUACGUUAGUAUUUGGUAGGCAUAAAAGAUUUACCAUGUUUCAUUGUCACGCUUGAAAGACCAUUUAGAUUUUCUCUCCUUCCCUUUCCAUACUUCCUGAAUUGUGGUAGUUUAGACCAUUAACUUACAACUUUUAAGAAUUUCACUUUUUCCAGUGACUGCUACGUGUUUGGGGUCUGGAAGCAACCUCGUCACCUUACAAGGGCUGCUUAUUGUCAACAGUAAAACCACAGUAAUAAUAUUUGCAAUAUUGCCCUAAAUUUUAUAGCAUUUAGAGUUCAGAUUUUUCAGAGACCUGUAUUUCGUAGGACGUUGCAGUAAGCAGCAUUUUGUUAGUGAUGGGAAUGAACAGACUAGGGUCUCUCACUGAUAAAUAGUGACUUGCGACCAUAUUCAAUUUUCCACGUGCUCUCCGCUAUGUGAUUAUUAUUGCCUAUUGUCCAUCUUGCAGUGAAACACUGGAUUGUGUUUUUAUGUAGUUAAGAUUAUGUGGGUGUAGAGUGGAAUACUAUUUUACUUGCACUUGCAUUGUCCUCAGACAAUUUUGGUAGAGCUAACCCAGUUCUCUGUCAAUCUUUUUUUUAGUAUUUUGCAUUUUUCUUUAUAAUACCACAUCAUUUGACUUUCACUUAACAAAAUAUUUAUACAGUUCAACAGUUUUCAGAACUAGUUAAUGAUAAGAUACUGUCCCUUUUCGAUGCCCUAUGCAAUCCAAUUUAAAGCAUAUUUUGGGCAAGAGUGGGCAUUUUCUGCUAGGGAACUUUACAAGAGUUGCUGAGGACUAGUGAGUGUGCAAGGUCUUAGUUCCUUAGUUUAACUAGAUAUGCGAUUUACUAUAUACUAGGAUAGUUUCCAGGGAGUCUUCUUUGAUUGACAGUUUAGUUUUAAAUCCUUUGUUUUACAGUGACCAUGUUUGGUUUUUAAUUAAGAGGAUAUUAAUAUCUAGUUUGAUCUGUAUAUUAGAUUUCUAUUAUUAGAUUGUUGGGUAUAUACAGUUUGCGACUGUAAACCGUUUAAUCUCUGUUUCCUGUAUCAUUUAAGGUUGGUACUCUAUGUACUUCCAACCUAAAUAACCCAUUUAUUACACAGUAUAUGUGUAAUGUAUGUCAUCUUUUAUUAUUUUAAUUGACAAAAAGUGAGGGAUAAUCCUUGUUCCGUGACAUCUUGAUUUGCUACAUUUAAUCAUAAAACUGUAGCAACAAGCAUUUAUUUUAACACCCUAGUUUUACUGUAUCCAGUUUUGGGUAUGUUUGAUGACUCGUACAUCAUUGGAAAUUCUUUGCACUGUAGCUCAAUUAAUAUGAAUUAGCUUAGGUUGCCUUAAAAUAUUAGCAAACUACUCUUUCUGCUUCUUAUACUUAUCUGUGCCCAUGGGCUUUUUUUUCUCUUAUUAUUUACCUGUCUGUGGUGUAUAAUUUUGUCUUUCACAGCAUCAUUGUUUUGUCAUACUGUUUGAUAGGGAGGUACUUAUUGCAGAAGUUCAAAAUGGCUUUGUGUUUCUGUCUUGUACAGUUAAUUUUUGAAUGACAAGAUCUGUGGUUUUGCCUUGAUGUUUUUUACCUUCCAAGAAGCUAUAUCAACUAUAUGAUAUUGGUUUUAAUCAAGUAAUUGUCACAUUAAUGACAUUUGUCAUUUACAAAUAUAAAAGGGUAUGAAAAUUAUUGAAAAUGAAAAUUGUUGUCCUGCUGAAUUUUAAAGGGUAUGACACUAGUUUGUUCUAUUUAUCACUAUUUUGUAGGGUUAGUUGACCUUGUGUUUUUUCUUGAGUUGGAUUUUUAGCAUACCUCUUCUUUUUCAGAAGUUGUUGUAAUAGCCUCAUAGCCUUGUCUGUUGGUUUUUAUUGAAGUCGUAUAAUAUAUUUUGUUAAAAUCUCUUCCCCCCCCCCACCCCCCCAUCAACCCAACUUAACUUCUUGAUGGUUAUGUGGUUGUAGUAGCAGUGCAGUUCUAAGUUUGGAGCCCAGACUACAGUGAAGUAACUGUGUCAGUUGCAGGUAACACAGAUUUUUUGCAGCUUGUUAAAAGGAAAAUGGUUUACAGAUUGUACUGAGUACAAAUGGUCCUCAUUCUGAAGCAUGUGAAUGUGUGGCACAACCCGUACAUCGAGUUUUCUUUUCCCAUCAGUCAUGUAUAGGAUUUUACAGUACGAAUACUGAAUGUUGUUUUCUUAUUCCUGGGGGUGUUUUGAGUAUGUUUCUUGGAAGGUCAUCAAAAGUCUUAAUCAUAUGAUUAGAUGUCCAUUUUUAUCUAAUGCUCACAUAGAAAGCAGUUUUUACAUUGAACAUAAUUUCAUGAAUAACCAUAGCUUAUUAUUAAAUGUUCCAAGGUUGUUCCCUGGCCACUCUGUCCUCUCUUUAGUACAGAAAGCUAUUACUCCCUUGGCUGUUGUCUCAUCCAAGUUGUGUUGGGGGAGGGUGAGCAUUUUAAUUAGGGAGAUUAGAGGGAGGGGAACAUUUUAGCAUCCCAUUAUAUUCAUUUUGCCUACGGAACACUAGUUUGUCGCUGAAAGAAAAAGGCGCCUGUUCCCUUACAAACUGUUUAGGCAUAAAACCAAAGAAUGACUUCUCAUCAUUGUUGUCUCUUCUUGAUCAUCUAUCUCUUUAAUUGAUGUUUAUUAUCCUCUUGGUAGAAGUACUGGGUUUUCACACUAGAAAUGUAGAACAUAUCACUUGUAAACAAACUUUUAUGUGGGAGAUUAUGAACUCCAUAGGCCCCAAAUAGUUUCUGCUGUUUCUUUGAUAUCCGUGCCACCACUAACAAAACCUGAAAUCUUUUUAAGAUUAUACAUGGGACCUAUGUGUUGAUAAUCUCUUAACUUGUGAUUUUUAUUAGAUUUUGGGAUGUAAUGGAUUACCUCAUCAGCAAAAACUUGUUUGUAUAUGAGAAAAUUUAACUAUACGUAUUAGAAUUUUGAAUCUCCUCAAGAUACUUGUGUGUACAAAAUACAUCCUUUGUUAUUCUUUCGUUCAUAUUCCAUUUGAUUUUGUAACGUCAUUGAAAUGACAGAAACUAUACAAGUGUGGGGGAGUAAGCUUUUUCUCAAAUAUUGACAGGACUUUAAAAGUUGUGGUGUCAAGAGUGUUGUCACUUUCUAAACAUUUAUAUCAAACCUCAUUUAGAAAAAUUUAAUUAGGAUCUGCUUUGAGGUGUCGGAAGUAUGUCACACUUUUCCAGAGGUUAUCGUGACUUACAUAUUCCAUGAAGUUUGAACAUUUUUAUUUCUGAAGGGUUUAAUGCACUAGUCUUAAAUACUUGAGUAUGAAUUUUUUUUCCAAGUAUGAACAAUGUAGACAUGAACUCCGAUACCAAAAAGUUUGACCUAUGAUUGCCAUAGUGACUACGUUAAGCAUGGGGUCGUUAAAUAUGGCACUUUGUUGGAUAUGUGGUUACAUUUGUUUUCCAGCACUCACUCACAGAAUGGUAAAAUUAGAUCAUUACUGGCAUAUUUAAUGGCCAUUUUGAUGUGGGCCCAGUAUUGUUUUGUGACAAGUUACAUCGGGGAUUUUGACUAAAUCAUGUAAGUGUAGUGUCUCUUAGUAGCAGUUUCAACUACAUGCUACUUCAGUUUAUAUAUACGAUAUAUAUUUUAUGAAAUAUAUAUUAAUGCAUAUUUAUAUAAUGUGCAUAUGAACAUUUCUCAGAUUCAAAAUAUUAAGAUAGCUUUUAACAUGAAAAGUCACUAGGAUCUUAAAAUGCACAUAUUUUCCUAUUCUUUGGGCUUUAAUGUUUCAUUUUUUAAAAACUAACAGCAGAAGUAAAUGGUUGAAAUAUUAUAAAACUUACUUUUUUUUCUGUAAUGAGUAGGGUAAAUUAUAUAUAAACAUUUCACCUUGACAAAAAGAAUAUAAGCAGUAAAAAUAAAAAAAUCUAGUAGCCAUUUCUUCCUUUUUUGUAAAUGACUGUAUAUUUUAAAUUUUAGUGUUGACUAUUAUAAUUAGGCUACCAAGUUCCAGUGGACAAUGUUCAUAAUAGGUUAGGGAAGUAUUAUUUUACAUUUUUUGUAGAGAAUUGUUAAAAUACAGGCUUAGGUUACCCAUCAGUGGGGCAUACAUGCAUAACACUUCCCAGUCUGUUUAAAAGUGUGUUAUCAAGGGUCUGACUUGAAAGUAUUAAAUUUAACCACUUUUGUGCAAUAAACCUUAGGGCCUUUGGCUGGGAUAAUUUUCCUCAUCUUGCCAAUAAAAAUAGUUAGCAACUCUGUUGAACAAAUGCCAGGCAGUUGCUAUUAAAAGCCUUUAGUUGAAUGUCUUGGAAUAACUGCCAGUAAAAUAUUUGUGAUGUGAGGGUUUAGCCAUUUUGUGUAUUUUACAGUGUUCACACUUUAAUUUUAUAGUUUCUGUAUUGAGGGAAAUAUUUCUGUAAAAAGGUUUUAGAGAAGUUUGUAUUUCCUUAAAUGAAAAAGGGAUAUUUUCUCAUCUUUGUACCUAUGGAGUUUGGUCUCCACUUGGGAAUGAUUAGCAUUGUGUGAUUAUCACAGAUUAGCUUAACCAACUUGUUGAAAGGGUUGCUUAUAUAAGAAAUCUACAUCUCCCUUCUCCUCCCUCUUGAUCAUUACACAUAUACACAGAUAUACAAUUAUUGCAAGACAACACGCGUCCUUAGUCACGAUGGCCGCGGCACCUCUUUGUCAUAAUAAAUUUGUAUAUGUGAUGAA